CAAUGUAACGUAAUCACCUCUACGAAGACCCUGUCUUCAAAUAAGUUCACAUUCUGAGUUAGUGGGGGCUGGGAGUUAAGACUUCAACAUACAAAUUUUGGGAAGAGAGGGGGACCCAGUUUAGCCCACAACAGGGUUUGUGGGGCCGUGACUCAUCCCAACACAAUCCUCAUUUAAAAAAGGAACCCAACCAAGGGAAUAGAUUUCAAAUGCUGGAAUUCUGAGUUUCACGAGGUGGAACUCUAAUUUUUAAAGCAGUCCUCAGAGACAGGAAAGGCCCAUCUUGCAGUUCUUAAUGUUAGAACCUCAAAGGUGUUACACUCUCUACCCAAGGGGCCCUAGCAACUUCUAGAAUGUCAGUUAUUAUGAGGACAGGGGAUUGUGAUGGUGGCUAGUCUGUGGACUCUGGUGAGGCCAAAUGUCAGCACCUCAAAUGAGGUCCUGUGGCCCCACCUGGCAGCAUUCUGGUUCUCUGGAUGGCAACAGAAGACAGGGAGAUGAUGGAAGCCCGGGGUGCGGGAGAAAGUUGCCUGACCUUCCCCAAGAUGGUGCCUGGUGACUGCAAGUCUGAAGGGAAGCCAAGGGCUUAUCUGGAGGCAGAGUCCCAGAAGCCAGAAUCCUCCUGUGACCACUUGGAAGAGAUGGAAGCUUGUGAGGAUGGAGGCUAUCCAGGGCCACCUAAAUCUCUGUCCCCCAAGUCCUGCCCUGCCACCAAAGGCCAGGUGGGUGAUGGACCCAAACCCACAGAGCUGCCCCCAGCCCCUGGGACUGAGCACAAUGCCGAGAUGGAGCUGGAGAAGGUGCGCAUGGAGUUUGAGCUCACGCGGCUGAAGUACCUGCACGAGGAGAAUGAGCGGCAGCGGCAGCAUGAGGUGGUGAUGGAGCAGCUGCAGAGGGAGGCAGCACCCCACCUGUUCUCAGGAGGCCUCCAGGACCUCCUGCUGCCCCAGAACCAGUUUGCCAUGUUCCUGUACUGCUUCAUCUUCAUCCACAUCAUCUAUGUUACCAAGGAGAUGGUCUUCUUUCUCUUCUCCAAGCACUAUUUGUUCUGCAUCGCGACCAUUUUGCUCUGUCUGAUUAAAACGCUCUGGUCAUACUUCCAAGUGCCUUUGCUCUCUCCAUCACUGGGACCCUCACCCCUGCCAUGCUAGAGUGUUAUCAGUGCGUGAUCUCAGCCUCCCAGCACCUCCUUUUUUCACUUUGUGCCUCUGUCCAAUCAGAAUCCACUCUUAGGAAGGGCCCUGCUGCCCAGCAUUUCCACUUGAGAGUGAAGAAACAUGUUCAUGCCCCUUAGGCAGAGCCUGAGUUCUCACUGUGGACAUGAUUCUUUGUCCCAAGAGGAAGAUUUCAAAUGUUAGCAGGUCAGGGAGGUAUCUGCAGGGAAGGAGGGUUUAGAACACCUUUCUAAAACCACAGAAGUACACCAUGACCAAGCUGGCCUGGGUUUCACAUCCACUCAUGUUCAUAGAUCCCACAGGAAAACCUGUGGUCUGCUUGGGAACAGCCCCCACUCCCCAUCUCCUGCAAAGAUCUCCAUGUCCUAAUCCCCAUGAAUGUUACUUUACAUGGCAAAAGAGCCUGAGAUGUGAUUGAGUUAAGGACCUUGCAAUGGGGAGAUGAUCCUGGGUUAUCCAGGUAGGCCCGUGGUAGUCACAAGGACCCUUAUAAAAGGGAAGCAGGAGGGUGAGAGUCAGACAGAUGUGACCAUGGAAGCAGGGGUCGGAAUGAUGCAGAGCUGUGGGUCAGGGAAUGUGGGAAGCCUUUCGAAGCCAGAAAAGGCAAUAAAUGGAUUCUCUGCUAGAGCCUCCAGAGGGGGCCCCGCCCUUCCACCCCACGUUAGACUCCUGACCUCCAGAACGUUAGGAGAAUAUGUCUGUGUUAUUUUAAGCCGCUAAGUUUAUGGCAAUUUGUUACACCAACCACAGGAAACUAAUACAGGAGCCAAGACUCCCAAGCUCUCUCCAGCUGUGCCAACAUGGCAGGAUACCAUCACCAGGCCACUGGCCAGGCUUCAUUUAGCACUGGGCCUGAGCAGACUUGUACACAGCUGGACUUGAGACAGCGUAUGGUUAAAAAGGAGAGGCAGUGAAGCUCCAGGGAGCCUGGCAUAGGCCUAGCUGAACCCGGUGGACAAGGGGUAUCCGUAUCACUGAGCUGCGUAUCCCCUGGGUAAGGCAUGUGGCAAAAUAAAGGCAUUCUUCUAGGGGACAUAGGGAAGGAGGAAUUAAGUGCCUGAUUGGGCCCAGAGGACAUCAUUAGUUCUACUCUAUUGGAAAGCUGGAAAGGGAAAAAGAAAAAAAGUUGGCACAUGCGCUUACCUACUAACCCAAGAACAGACUCACAAAAAUUCAGAAAAGCUAACCCAGAAAGAAAUACACUGACACAGAGAUACAAAACAAGUAUACAGUUGUCCACAGUAGAGAGGUUCACAGCCCCUCAAAUUCCCACAGGAACAGACUUGGAAGACCAGAGGGCUCAUGGUCAGGCACAAAGUGAAGCUGCCCCGCAUGUAUGCAACAAAGAAAAGGGGUUCGCAUCCCCGAGACACCAACCCCUCCUCCCAACACACACACAGGCCUUGCAGACUGUCAGCUGCUCUGAGCCCAGCAGCCAGCCAUGAUGGCUGGCUGUGCCACAGGACACUUUAGUGAUGAUGUGGCAAACUGAACGAGGCCGAACACAGCUGUGCAAUUAAUCAAGUCUUUGUUGACCCCUUCUCUCCUCUGGCAUAGGGCUCUGCCUUAAGAGGGACAAGAGAAUAAGUUUCUGUUUCAUUGGGCUCUCGAGGGACUCUCAGUAAAAUCACGCAAAAAAAACAAUGACCGCCUUGGGACUUCAAUGUCAGCACACAUUAUCAUACCAUUUAAGUCCAUGGUGACUUCUCAUUUUCCACCCAACUCCAUAUAUCCCUCCCCAUUGAUAGUGGCAUGUGACAGGUACUUAAUUUGGAAGUGAUAAAAGUGUCAUUUCUCAUUAAACUUUCAAGGAUGGGAUGUUGUGCUAUGGGGUCACUUCUUCCAAUCAUUUUAUUUGAUCUGGGUUUCUGCCCCAUGGGGUGAGGUGAGAGAGAUGAAGAGCAGGAUGGCAAAAAAUUUAAGUUCCACCUGUUUACCUUCUUUCAGCAGACAGAACUGGGCAUUUUUAAAACACACACACAAACCCAGACACAAGUGCUAUAAGGUCAUUUAAUCCAUCCAUCUGUUGCCAGGUAAAACUAGCUUAAAUACAUUCAUUUUCUUGAUCUUCAGAACAAGUGAACUCCUAUGAGCAGUUAAGUGAGCAUCUCAUCCUACGUCUUUCGACAUAAGCAUGAAAUCUACUCUUCCCUAUUGUGUUUGAACAUUGAAGCCAGUAGCCUAAGAUCUGCCCUCUAGGAAAAUGAGACAACUCAUGGCCACUCCCAAAUGCAAACCAGAAAAAUCGAGAGAGAGAGAGAGAGAGAGAGAGACAGACAGACAGAGAGAGAGAGAGGGAGGAGGGAGGGGAAAAGGCUCAGCUAAGCAGUUAACCAGCCACGCAACAAGCCAAGGUACAAGCGCCUCUUUAACACCAAUGCUAACAUUCCUUGCACCCUAAGUUCCUAAGGAGGCCAUCAUCACCAAAACCCUGCAGGUAGAAAUGCAUAUUAUCUCCGUUUCACAGGCAACGAUACCGAGGUUCAGAGAGGUUAGACUUAACCGAGAUCAUCCCAGAGCACAUGUUCUUUCCAUGUUACCCUGCUCCCAAAAGCCUGCCUUAGGAGGAUCUCACAACCUUGCUGGAGAAAUGAGUUUAACACACAAAAAAAUGUAAAGCAGCUAUCAGCAUACAGACCUCAGUUACAAACGAGAUCAUAGAAGAGUCCAGGGUGAUACAGGAAGUCUUCUUGAAAGAUGAGCUCACAAGGGUAGGUAAGCUCACAAGGGUAGGUAGGGUAGGUGGAAAUCAGGAGGGAUACCUCACACAAAUGAAGAUCAGGCUGGGAGUGUGUAAUGUGUAUCCAGGGGAGAAAGGUCACUCUUGCUCCAGGGAAUGUUGUAAAAGGUAACAAGCCUGGAAAAUUCAUUUGGGGCUAAGUUUUAGAGAGCCUGAAAUGUUGGUCUGAGGAAUAUAAACAUAAUCCCUUGGGAAAUAAAGAACAAACUAAAGAUUGUAGAGUGGAAUUGUAAUUCAAAACAAACAGAUAAGUAAAAGCCUUUCUCCUUUAAUUCCUGGAGACCACUUUGUUGCCUGGACCUUCCCGUUUCCAGACCAGAAACUUUCUAAGGUCCUGAGUUUGAGGAUUACAUUCAGCUGUAAAAGAAAUCCAGCUGCAGUGUCUUAACCAAAUAGAGGUUUAUGUUUCUCACAUACCAAAAAGUCCCAGGUAGUCAGUUCACGGCUGGUGAAACAGCUCUAGGAAGUCAUAGAGGACCCAGGUGGUGCCUUCCUCCACCACCUUUGGCACAGGGCUCUUAUCCUCAGCCCAUAGCUUCCGGCCUAAUGGCGUCAAGUCGACUGAAGCAGCUCCAGGUACCAGACCCACUACUCCAGGUCAGAAAAGGAGCUGCCUUUUAAAAGCUUCUCAGGAAGCCCAACCCAGAGACUUCUGCUUACGCGCCAUUGGUCAAACUAAGGUCAUGUGGCUGCUGCUCCUAUCUGCAGGGUGUCUGAGGUGGUAAGGUUUUUUGCAUGGACACUGUUGCAGCCUUGAGCAAAAUUAGAAUUCUGGUAGUAUGAGUGAAGGAGGGAGAUACCGAAUAAGCAAAUAACUGGUGUACCAUCCCUACUUCCUGAGGCCCAGCUCCCACUCGCUUCCUGAGCUGCUGAACCAGAAAGCCUUUGGUGGGGUUGAAACCAUCGGGUGGAGCACAGUUGUUGCCAAUCUGGGCCUGGUCACUGCUGCACUCGGCUUUAAGGAAGAGUACUACAUACCACAGCAGGGAGGUCUUGGUUUUCCCUGGUCACACGCCUGGAGCCACUCUGCCUUCAUCCUCCUGACCUCUGCCUGAAGCCCCAUGACCUGACACAACCAGGGCAGCAGCCUGGGAAGGGCACUUCUCUCUGUGCUGUGUGCCCUCAGCAAAGCUGCAAGGGGAGGCACGUUGAACUCCAGAGCCCCUCCCCUUCCUGAUCCCAGAUCCCACAGAACAGAGCCCAGAGAGCCAGUCAGGGGACUCUGAUCAGCCCACAGACCUCAAGUUGCUGAAGACUAUGUAUAAGAGAUGGCGGUCAUUGCAAAGGACCACUAAGCUUCAGCCCAAAUAAUGAAGCAUUAAUAGUAAAGCUUCAGGCAGACUUAGGGAGAGAAAGAUGGGAGAAUCUUUCCUGCUCCCUAAAUGGAAUAUCAUUUAGGGAGCAAGGU